AUGGCCGCAGCGACUCAGCGGUGCACGAACCCCGAAGAAUGCGACCCGAAGCGUUUCCCCUACGUCAUGCAUACAAGCACCACAAGCACCACAAGCACUGGGAAACAAAGACACCGCAGCUUGAAUCCAAACCACAGUCACAGUCGAAACCUCAGCCAUAGCUACCAAGGCGCUCCUCGUCAAUGGCAAGAGUCAAUCCCACGACCUGCGACAGCUAAUCCUACCCUCGAUCACAGUCAUGAUCCUGCGCAUGCUCCCCGUCCUACUCGCUCAAGAAGCCGUCUGCAAAAGCGCCCUUCGCAGCACAUGUUGAAGAAAUCUGCCAGUGUGUCCGCAAUGUCACAAACCGCUCCUCCACCUCCUUCCCGAAGACCAUCGCUGGAUCCAAGAGACGCUACAGCCUUGCCCCGGCUGCCGGACCAUGCUGUCCCUCAGCGAUCGUCCUCCCUCCGGAAGAAAUCUCUCGGGGCCAUUGAUCGUCCCAAAUCGAAGAGAGGCCCCUCAGACGAGCCAAAGUCUACUGUCUCGACGACCCAUGCGCCCCUUUCUCUGAGACCCAAAUCACCACCGACAGAGCAAAGCUCCAAGGCGGACUCUGACAGCGAGAAGUCUUCUGCAGCUGGCUCUCCAGGCUCUCCAGGCUGUCCCAAUCCUAUCAGGACGGCACGCUACCAACCUCUUGCCCCGAACGACCCCUCUCCACUCAAUCCCCUCUACCACAUCCCAAGCUCAUAUUUCUCCCCUGUACAAUCCCCCGACACACCGCGCCCGGCAACCUCUCCCAACCUCAAUCCCGCCACAGAGAAGAACGAGAAUGCCGUCGUGCUCCCACCCGGGUUCAAGCCGGGGAAAAGCGAGCAUACUGAGGUCGAAGAGAUUGUGCGACCCGCGGUAACACAUGAGGUCGUCAAGAGGAAUACAAAGGAGAUCGUGCAAGAAGAAAUCACGCGAGAAAUCCACGUUCAUCACUACUACACCUAUACGCAGCCCAUCAAAGCGGUCGAAGUGCUGCCCGCACGACACUUCCUGGUCGACGCCGAUACGGGUGAGAAAGUCGAGAUUCCAGCACCUGAGGGGUGGGUCAUGCCCAGCAAUCUACAGCCCUACAAGCCAGAUCUGAGCGGCAUCAGCCCGGUGACACGGCAUUAUGUGGUCGACGAGGAGCAUCCCACCGGUGUCACAGAACCGGCCCCGGUGAACGUCAAGAAGAAACCAUCACAUCAAGAUCUGAAGCCGACCAGAAAACCCAGCACCGGCAACUGGACACCCUUUCCGAAAGUGAGAUGA